AGAGAGAAUGGGAACAAGUAAAUCUUUCCUGAUAGCGGCCAUAUCGGCUGUGGUGAUCAUCGGCCUCUCUUUGAUAGUCCUGGCGUUGUUUUUCGUCUGGAUCUUUUGCAACAAGGGCAGAACCUCGAGACGAUCCUCCUUCAGACUCCCCGAGGAAGAGGAACCAAUCCGGAACAACGAUCUGCCCGAACAAACGGCAAAAGGAGACUUUGGUGAACCGAAGCCGGGAUUCGAGACUGAACCGAAACUGACAAAGGAAACGCGGAUAGAAAACUUGCGCGAAGAAAGGGACUCCGCAGAUCCUUCUGAAGAACCUUCCGCGCUCCGCUACACAGCACCUGACCUAAGCCCUUCACCUUUGAAGAGAGGAGGCGCCAAGAGAGAUACCCUACGCCGCCCUGCUGGUUUGGUGAAACACCAGUUUCGAGUCUCUUUCAAAGCAAAAGGCGUUGAUGAUGACGGCGCGGUGGCCAAGCUUGUUGCCUACAUUAAGUCUGAUUCCUCGUCCGUUUUGGAUGUCAGUUCUGCAACAUAACGAGAGGAUGGACGUUUAGACAGACUUCGAUAUUUCUAAAAUAUUUUUUUUUUAUUUACUUUUUCUUUCUGAAAAUAUAUUCGUUGGUUCAAUACCAUUUUGAUUUUCAUUGUAUCAGUUCUGCAACAUAACGAGAGGAUAGAUGUUUAGACAGACUUCGAUAUUUCUAAAAUACUUUUUUUUUAUUUACUUUUUCUUUCUGAAACUAUAUUCGUUGAUUCAAUACCAUUCUGAUUUUCAUAACUGUUUUUCGUAAAUGAACACAGCCUAUCUUUUAUGUGUGUGAAUAUAUCACUCAAUCAUUUUUCUACGCCCGUUGUUGCAAAUGAAGAAUACAAAAUUUUGCAUUUAUUAAAAAAAAGUCAUUAAGAAUAUUUGAAUGAUUUUAAGAUAAUAAAAGAAUCAUAACGAUGUAAGUUACUUGACGAAAGCAUUUUUUGGACGGAUUGUAAAUCUAUUCUAGAACCAGUUACUAGUUACCCUACCAAAUAUUUUAUAUUUGAUUACUUUAGAACAAAAACGUUGUUUUGAUUUUUCUUGACGUUUUCAGAAAUGUUUAUAAAGAUUAUUUAGGAAGGGUGAAUAAAAUUGCCAUUUUCAAUCGAUGUGUUUACAAAGAAGUGAUGUA